UAUAAGUUAUCGAUAACAAAAACAACCCGUGCUUUUGACCAUUCGAAUUUCGUGUUGUUUUGCUCACGCGUUCAUCUUUAAUUAUUUCGCCCUGUUCUCUGUCCAAUUUCCUUACCAUGUCCGGCUCCGGAGCCAACCCCUUUGCCCAGUUCCAGGAAUCGUUUACCAAAGACGGCAAGAUCUACAAGUAUUUUGAUCUGCCCUCCAUCGACAAGAAAUAUGAUUCAUUGCCCUUUUCCAUUCGGGUUCUGUUGGAGUCUGCGGUUCGCAACUGCGACAAUUUCCAUGUGCUGGAGAAGGAUGUGCAGAGUAUACUGAACUGGACACCUGCCCUGAAGCAAGAAACCAGCGAUGUUGAGGUGUCCUUCAAGCCAGCGCGGGUUAUAUUGCAGGACUUUACUGGCGUACCUGCUGUCGUGGACUUCGCUGCCAUGCGGGAUGCAGUUCGCCAGCUGGGCGGCAAUCCUGAGAAGAUCAAUCCCAUCUGCCCCGCUGACCUGGUCGUCGACCACUCCAUACAGGUUGAUUUUGUCCGCUCAUCAGAUGCAUUGACGAAGAACGAAUCGCUGGAGUUCCAGCGCAACAAGGAACGGUUCACCUUUCUCAAGUGGGGAGCGCGUGCCUUUGACAAUAUGCUGAUUGUGCCCCCUGGUUCCGGUAUCGUUCACCAGGUCAAUUUAGAGUAUUUGGCUCGUGUGGUUUUUGAAACCGACGACGCCGAUGGCUCUAAGAUCCUGUAUCCGGACAGUGUCGUUGGAACUGACUCGCACACCACUAUGAUCAAUGGGUUGGGUGUGCUUGGCUGGGGCGUUGGUGGUAUCGAGGCGGAGGCCGUGAUGUUGGGCCAAUCCAUUUCCAUGCUGCUGCCCGAGGUGAUUGGCUAUAAGUUGGUGGGAAAACUGGGGCCCCUGGCCACCUCCACCGAUUUGGUGCUGACCAUCACGAAGCACUUGCGUCAGUUGGGCGUCGUUGGAAAGUUUGUCGAGUUCUAUGGUCCCGGCGUAGCAGAGCUGAGCAUUGCGGACCGAGCCACCAUCAGCAACAUGUGCCCGGAAUAUGGUGCAACUGUGGGUUAUUUUCCGAUCGAUGAGAACACGCUGAGUUACAUGCGGCAGACAAAUCGCUCGGAGGAGAAAAUCGACAUCAUCAGGCAGUACUUGAAGGCCACUCGGCAGCUGCGUGACUAUUCCCUUGAGGCUCAGGAUCCCCAGUUUACAGAGUCUGCAACUCUGGAUCUUUCGACGGUGGUCACUUCGGUUUCGGGGCCCAAGAGGCCACACGAUCGUGUCUCCGUUUCUAGCAUGUGCGAAGAUUUCAAGUCGUGCCUAACCAGCCCAGUGGGAUUCAAGGGGUUCGCCGUGCCGCCGAGCGCUUUGGCUGCCAGUGGUGAAUUCCAGUGGGACGAUGGCAAGAGCUACAAGAUAGGACAUGGAUCGGUUGUGAUUGCGGCCAUUACUUCCUGCACGAACACCUCGAAUCCCUCGGUGAUGCUGGGUGCCGGUCUUUUGGCCAAGAAUGCUGUGGAAAAGGGCUUAAGUAUCCUCCCAUACAUCAAGACCUCAUUGUCUCCUGGAUCUGGUGUGGUCACCUAUUAUCUGCGAGAAUCCGGCGUGAUUCCCUACUUGGAGCAGUUGGGCUUCGAAAUUGUUGGUUAUGGUUGCAUGACGUGCAUUGGUAACUCAGGUCCGCUCGACGAGAACCUGGUGAACACGAUUGAGAAGAACGGCCUAGUCUGCUGUGGAGUUCUGUCGGGAAAUCGCAACUUCGAAGGACGUAUCCAUCCCAAUACCAGGGCGAAUUAUCUAGCCAGUCCACUGCUGGUAAUUGCCUACGCGAUUGCUGGACGGGUGGACAUUGACUUUGAAAAGGAACCAGUAGGUGUGGAUGCCAAUGGCAAAGAGGUGUUCCUUCGCGAUAUUUGGCCAACACGCAGCGAGAUCCAGGAGGUGGAGCACAAGUACGUCAUUCCGGCCAUGUUUCAAGAGGUUUACAGCAAAAUCCAGUUGGGCUCUAAGGAUUGGCAAACGCUGAAGGUGUCUGAAGCCAAAUUGUAUCCCUGGUGUGCCCUUUCGACCUACAUCAAACGCCCGCCGUUCUUCGAGGGGAUGACCAGGGAGCUGCCUGAGCUGAAAAGCAUAGAAAAGGCUCGUUGUCUGCUGUUGCUGGGCGAUUCAGUGACCACCGACCACAUUUCACCGGCCGGAUCUAUUGCUCGGAAGUCUCCUGCGGCGCGGUUUUUAUCAGAACGCGGUCUGACACCUCGGGAUUUCAAUUCCUACGGUUCCAGACGUGGCAAUGAUGCGGUAAUGGCACGCGGAACUUUCGCCAACAUCCGCCUAGUCAACAAGUUGGCCUCUAAAACCGGGCCCAUCACCUUGCACGUUCCUAGUGGCGAAGAGAUGGAUAUUUUUGAUUCGGCGGUGCGAUAUGCGAGUGAGGGAACUCCUCUGGUUCUAAUCGUGGGCAAGGAUUACGGCAGUGGAAGCUCUCGGGAUUGGGCUGCCAAAGGACCUUUUUUGCUGGGCAUUAAGGCGGUAAUUGCCGAGUCGUACGAACGCAUUCACCGCUCCAAUCUGGUGGGCAUGGGCAUUAUUCCGCUGCAGUUCCUGCCGGGACAGAGCGCCGACUCCCUGAAUCUGACUGGCCGAGAAGCGUUCGACAUUGCUCUGCCUGAAAGCGUACUAAAGCCUGGACAGAGGAUCCAGGUAGAGGCUAAUGGCAAAGUCUUUGAGACUAUAUUGCGCUUUGACACCGAUGUGGACAUUACUUACUACAAAAACGGUGGCAUUCUGAACUAUAUGAUCCGCAAAAUGCUGGAUUAGUGAUUGCAUUUGAUAGCUCUUAUAUUCCAUGUGCAUUUCUGACUAAACGUUUUUUGUAACUGUGUGAUGGGAAAUAAAAUUUGAUAUUUUA